GAGCGCUGUAAACACGACAGCUGCCUUUGACGGGUGUACGGCAGCCGAGGCUGAGCCGACCCAUAGACAAAUCGUCGGUCUUAACGCUAGCUCAGACAGCACGGGGGUUUCUUUAAUUUAGCACUUGUAACGCGUCAAAGGCGUACGGGGGUCUUCACUUUACCGCCGGGCUAUGUUUGGAAAAACAAACAAGACAAAACAGCAACGUUGGGAGAGUCAAGUGCAGCGCGACUUAGCAUUUAGCCGUGGGAGCUAACUAGUGUUAGCUCUGUUGUUUCCGGCUAGCGUUAGCUAGCUGGUUGUGACCCAGUAGCGUCACGUCGUCUGUGGCGGAGCUGCUAGCUUAGCCCAAGUCGCCCGCCGCCCGGGUCGUCUCUUUCCUCGUCCGACGAUCAACGAGCCGUCCGUUUACAGUCUCGGUUUAGCUAACGACGGCCACCCGUUAACCUUCGUCAGGGUAGCCACCCCGGUUAACGCUAGCAUAACGUUGUCUGCGAUAUUUAGCCGGUUAACGCUAGUUCUGCUUUUUUCCUCCCUGUUAAAGGGGAUUUAUUUGGGGGGGGGGUUUCUUGUCCGAUGCGAGGGUCUAAGGACAGGAUGUUGUUUUGCUGCACAGCCCGUUGAGGCACAUUUGUAAUUUGUUAUAUUUGGGGCUGCACAAACACAGUCGACGUAGCUCCGCAGACUAGGCCGGCGUCUGUCGGGGCCUGCAAACCGGCUGACAUAAGUUCAACGUCCGCUUAUUGAGAUUCAUGCGUUUGACUUCGUCAUAUGUUGACUGAAAACAGGAAACGGCAGCGCGCUGGCGUUGAUGAGGAGAAUGGGCAGUUGGUUCCCCAAGCCAAAAGAUUGAGCAGAGCUCAUCCUCUCUCUCCCGAAUUAGGCCGGGAUGCCUGGGACUCAGAGUCAUCCAACAGUGAGAGCAGCGGGAUCAGCAGUCCAGAAGAUGCAGUUGGGAGCUGCAGCAGUCAAUGGACUGUGGACAGUCUGGGAGGUCCCACUGCUCCGGGGCCCUGCAGUCCCCUCAGCUCAGCUGACUCCUCAGAGUUGGCCGGUCCCACAAACCUGGUCUCCUACCACCAGAUCAACCGUAUCCUUCGGGAGGCCCAUUUUCAGAGCCUACAGAGCCGAGGCCAGCUCAGAGACACAUGAUGGCCCGUUGCCGAGCACGCCUCCACCGGUCACCUGAGGACUCGACUCCUAAAGCAUGCCCAGAGCAUCACAUGGUGAAUUGCAUCGUUUGGCUGUACCCCGCCCAUCUACAGUUCUCAUGAUAAUUUCAUUGCUCUGUUUUCUCUCUAUCUGUGAAUGAAGACUGGUCUCUAGUCUAGUAUCUGGAACUGGUUCAUCAUUAGAUUAAAACAAAGCGAUAAACAUUUUAGCAAUAAUAACUGUGUGAUCCACCUGGAACUUUUUUGUGAUUCUUGUUCUCUGACCAGUUUGGUUUACAUACUGCUCAAAGAGCCUCAUUAGUGAUCAAUUUUUUUUAUCAUGAGUGGUUUUAUAAAAGCAUCUGCAAAAUGAAAUUGAAAAUGAAAACCAAUAGCAACCGGGCUUUACUGAAAUGCAACCAAACACUGUUUGUAAGGCAGGUCCGUAUGACUUGUUUAUUCUCCUUACGGUGUCACUGGUGGAAAACCUUAGCUUUCUUUAAGCACAUAGAUCUGUCAUAGGGCGAAUGUGUCCUUAGAAUGUCUAUGUGCUUUCAUAUUGUUACAGGGCUAGCUUUUUAGGUUUUAGAAACUCCUUGAAUUGUUAGUAGCAUUCGCUUAAAUGGAUGGGUCUUUCAUGCGAUAAGUGAACGAGGAUGAACAUGUCCAUUUGUUUGUGGUGUGCCCAGCAUGUAAAAUGCAGAUGGUUUAAGACUAUCCUGAGAGGUCAACACAUUCCCCUUUGCUUGGAAUAUGACUCAAGCCACUAAGAUGCUCUGGUUGCAGGCAGGUAUCGAUUCCUGCUAGUGUAGACCCAUUUGGUUGCCCUACGACCGACCAUGUGCACUGAACAUCCAGGCAUAAGCACCGGCCACAGAGCUGUGCAUCCCUUCUCCUCUUACAGCGGGAUUGGUUUCAUUGAUGACUCCUUAUCUGGAGAGCAAGCCCGACUGUUCUUAUUUUUCAAGACUGUGUUUGGUGUGUAAUCAGAGAUGAAAGCAUUUUAAAGAUGUGGAUUAUUUUUAUGAUGAUAUAUUUUGUAUCUAGGAUCGUACUUGACAAUUACCUGCCAUCUAAUUUUUUUUUUUUUUUGUAAAUUCGCCUUCAUUUGAAAAAUUAAAAAAAAAUC